AUGAGUCUCUCUCGGCUUCGACGACAAGCUGGCCAGAACGCGGGCCUUUUAGCCCCCCACGCCACCUCUCUUUUUUCACCUUUGCCGAUUCUAAACUCCCUUCGAUUCCACGGCCAUCAAGGCGAUCGCGCGCGGCCGAUCCCAAUCGAGUUCAUCCUCCCCGAUGGCAGCGUUGAGGAGGUGAUCGCGUACGAAGGGCAGACGUUGUUGGAUGUGGCCUCGGAGUACGGACUUCCGAUGGAGGGCGCCUGCGCGGGGUCCUGCGCGUGCUCGACCUGCCACGUCUACUUGGAAGACGAGGACGCGAUGGAUUUGUUUCCCGAGGCGACGGAUGAGGAGAAUGAUAUGCUCGACGUCGCCUUUUUCCCGCAGGAAAACUCGCGCUUGGGCUGUCAGUUAAGACUCGUCCAGGAGAAACACAAAGGGCUGAAGGUGCGGCUUCCAAAGGCGACGCGAAACCUUUACGUUGACGGGGCGAAGGUUACCCCGCACUAA